AUGGCAAAGUCUCUUCGUGCAUCCAGUCAUUUAAAUGCCAAAGCUAUUAAGCGUAAGGCUGUUUUCCAAAAAGUAGUUGAUGCUCGUGAGAGUAGGAUAGCAGACAAAUUAAAGAAGGAUUUGAUUGAACAAAAGUUGAAGGAAUUGAAGGAGAAAAACCCAGAAGCUGCUAGUACUAUGGAUGUCGAUGAUCUUCCUGCACCAAAGAAGGAAGAAUCAAAGAAGAUAAGUACAUCUGGUUGGAGGGAUGCUAAUCACCAUGUUUAUAAAAAGAACAAGAAAUUAAGAAGGGCCAAAAAGAGAGGAUCUUUUACAAAGUUUUAG